CUAAAAAAAUAUAUUUAUUUUUGAGAACUGCCCAGGUUGAACUGCCGCUAUUUCAGCCGUAUUAAAUUAUCUGUAAUAUUUCUUGAAAAUAACAUAUAAUAGAAAUAAAGAUGCCCAAGAUUAAGAAGAGCCGCAAGUCAACUACUUCCGAUAGUGACAGCGGUCCAGAAGAUCGCAAUCCACCGCCUAGCAAAAAAGCAAAAGAAGUCACUACUUCAUCCGCCAAAAAGGACACCGGUGGAGGAGGUGAUGGAUCUACCACCUGGACUUUGGAAAAGUUGCGUCAGGUACGCAUAAAUGAAUUCCGCGGUCGCAAAAUGGUUGAUAUUCGUGAGCAUUACGAGAAAAACGGAGAAAUUUUGCCAGGCAAGAAAGGCAUCUCUCUUUCCAUACAACAAUGGAAGAAGCUUCUUGAGCUUGCCGACGAGAUAACGCAAGCUGUCGAAAAGUAAAACUGCCAAAAUGAAUAUGAGUCACAUUAAAUAUAUAAAAUUAACAUUUUUGUUUUAAAUACAAUAAAAAAUUAACUAAUAUAAUGUUGUUAAGGAAGUUGAA